AUGCUCACCGUUCUCACACUGGUGCAGUCACGCCACAGACUAGUGACCACCCCCUCGCCUCGCGAGGCAAAUCAAAGCGCCCAUUGCAAAGUACAAGGCUUUGAUCCUGAAAAAUUGGGAUGCAAAACAUGCCGAGUUCUAGAGAAGAGGCUAAAAGAAGCUGCUGUGGAUGCCAAGGCAUUGACCUCCCAGUGUUUGGCGUGCUGCACUGAGGAGCCAAUUUUGGAGCUCUUUCCAAAGGCUUUGUCCUUCAUGGCCGCAGCCGUGAAACUGGGCACAAUGGCCAUGUGGCCAUGGCUUCUGUGCAUCACAACUGUGGCUGCGGGCUCCGAGUUUCCGGAAGUGACCACAACUGUGGGACGACUCCGAGGCAUCUCAGAGGGCAAUGUCCACGUCUUUCGUGGCAUUCCCUACGCGCUGCCACCGCAGGGAGACUUGCGCUGGCGGCCUCCAGUGGCCUCAGAGCCCUGGAAGGGGCUGAGGGAGGCGACAGAAUACGGCUCGCGCUGCCUCGCGGUGGAUUGGCAGAACCACUCGAAGCGAGAGGGUAGCGAAGAUUGUUUGUAUUUGAACGUGUACGUGCCAUCAGAUGCCAACCAUACUUCAAAGCUGCCAUGUUUCCUUUGGAUCCAUGGUGGGGGCUAUGAAUAUGGUGCUAGCAAUGAAUACAAUGCCUCAAAGUUGGUGAGUUUUUUAAGUUCCCAGCAGCUGCCAGCCAUUGUGGUGACCCUGAACUACCGAUUGCAUGUGCUUGGCUUCUUGGGCAGCGACAUGUUGCGCCAGCGUGACCCGUUGCGAAGCACGGGGAACUACGGCUUGCAGGAUCAACGUUUGGGUAUGAGGUGGGUGAAGGAUAACAUCCAAGCCUUUGGUGGAGAUCAGGCGCGAAUCAUGCUGUUUGGCCAGUCCGCGGGUGCAGGCAGCGUCUCGGCGCACGUGGCGAUGCCUCGCUCCUCCGACCUUUUCUCGGCGGCGCUGAUGCAGUCUGGAGGCUUUGCCGGGUGGUCGGCGCAGCACAUGAAGUUGAAGGAAUUUUGGUUCCAGCGCUUUAUGAAGCAGAGUGGCUGCCAUGAUGUGCAAUGCCUCGUGGAUCUUCCGGCAGAAGAACUUCUGACUGCAUACCUGUCAUUACCCGGCAGGUGUUGCAGCAGCAAGUUCGGAGAUCCCACCCUGGCCUUUGCUCCGGCCAUCGAUGGGGUGGAGCUAACGGCGCAUCCCUUGGACCUGCUGAAGCGUCAGAAGGUGCAGCGCGUUCCUAUGGUCAUUGGAACCACGCUUGACGACGGGGCCAGAUUUACUUUCAAGGACUAUCAACUGAGCACUGCAGAGUUCUUGAAGUUGUUUGAGGAGAAAUUUCAGGCAUCUCGGGCGCAAGCAGAGCUUUAUAGGUCUGAAUCCCACGUCACAGUGAGUGGCUAUGGUGAGGGUUGGUGGUCUGCUGAACGUGUCGUGAGAGAUCAGAUGUUCUACUGUCCCAGCCAUCUGGCGCGUCGCUUGCUGGCGCGUCCCCAAGGGACCCAAGGGGUUUGCGAAGACCCCCCGGUCUUCGGCUACGUGUUGGAACACUCCAGCUCUGGCCCCAUUGUGACACACAACACUGACUUGCCGUUUGUUUUCAUGGACUUGCCUGAGCAUGCAUCUCUGGAGGAGCAUGACUUGGCCUCCGACAUGGCCAGGGCUUGGUAUCGCUUCGCUGCUUUUGGGCAGCCAGGCGCUUUGGAAUCAGGUGCCAACUGGGCACCGCAAACGGAAAGCACGGCGCCAGUGAUGAAAUUCCAGGUGUUCCUUCAUGCUGGACUGGAUCAACCGCACGAGCCAGGACCUCCCCCACCCCAGCGACCUGCGGCCGAUCCUGUUCGAGUGAGCCAUCGGGGUGGACCACAGAUCUUCGUUGGAGACAUGAAUGAUUUACCAGGAAAUGGUGAGGCUGUUUGCGCCUGGUCUUGCCAUGGCCUAGACUUUUGCCGCGCUUGCGCGUCGAAAGAAAUUUGUGCAGGAAAACAGGCUCGGCUCAUUGCAGAUGCCCAGCAGCAGGAGAGAGACCAGGACCUUCACGACUUCAUUAAGAGAAAAGCUCCUGGCAUCCGGAACCUGGAGGUGGACUACCAAGCCGGUUCAUCCCCUGCGGUGGAGUUGGAGACGACGGAUGGAUCUGGACGUGUACUGCGUGCAGAUGUGCGAGAUUGGAAGUCAGAUCACUUGGUUCAGUUCUUGAACUUGCGAUUGGAGUCUGCGGAGAAUGACAUGGACGGCGGCGUGGGUGUCGCUGGAGCUUGGAGUGCAGAGAUACAGAGUUGUUCUGGCUGA